GACAAUUUUAUUUUGAAAGUCCAAACCGGAUCUCCAUCGUCUUACAUCCGUGUACUUAACGUGGACGUUGAAGCCGUUUCAGUUCCCUCCUUGUAGACGAGGAGAUAGCGCGGGCACGACUCACGUGCGGAGGUAAAAUGCAGCUGAGUAACCGGUCGGGGCAGGUGAGUUUUCGGCUGCCGGUGAUGAUCGAACAUUAAGUUAAGAGAAGAAGAAGAAGAAGAAGAGCCAUGAAGAAACACCUGAGUCCGACCAAACAGCAGCAGCAGCAGCAACCACCGGCGGAUGUCCCGGCGUCAGGCGGAGAGGUUACCGUGCAACAACUCAACGAGCUGCUGUCAACCGGGAGCGGCUUCUACAGCCUACCGACGCAACACUUCAACGAGGUCUUCCCCAGGAUAUACAUCGGCAACGCGUGAGUCAUCUAUCUGCUCUGUUGUGUAGCGGGUGUUGUCGGUGACAAACAGUACAGGUAGGGGAUGUGUGCAGGAACAAGGCGCGACAAUGACAACAGUGUCGCAUGUCGGCGAACACGGAGCAGCGAGUGGGUGUGUUAUUUUUGGUGUCAGUGGACAAAGCCACAGCCUGUUGGCGUCAACAGAUAGAUCUCGACAUAACGGCGGCGUCAACGUGCCUCAGCAGUCAGUCAGCCAGCCAGUCAGUCAGUCAGACAGACAGGUGGAUAUUGUGUAACAGCGCUGCACAGGGUCUGUGUUUUCAGGGUAUGAUCGAUUUCUGUCUCCGUGACUCCAAACCUUCUUGUUUUGAGAUGUGAAGGGCGGACACACAAAGACGUGUUUUUUUUUCUCCCCCCCACUCCAUCAUUAGUGUCACCGCCGCGCAAUCACGUCUCCAUCGAGCCGCUCCCAUCGCGCUGAGGGGCGGCUGCAGAGUGACAGUCAUCCCGGCUAAAAUUAGAUUUAUGUCUUCAUUCAUAAACAACAGGCAGAACAAAGAGGGGGGAAAGGAGGAGCGUGUGGAAGGGGAGAUGGGUCCACGUAUUAUCCGUCCAUUCAAUUAUACCAUACAAUCUAAUAAACGAAAAAAACGAGUCAGUUUUGUUUAUUUAUUAUUUUAAAAAUUUAGUCUUUGUUUUUGUAUUUUCAGCUCAAAACACAAUAAAUAACAGAGAAGGAAACGAUAACAAAAUGAUAAAUCUUAUUUACGAUUAGUAAUUAUGAGUAAAGCUGAAACGAUUCCUCGAAUACAGGUCCUUACACACCGGGACCAACGCGAAUAUAGCACACGAAAUGACGAAACAUUCGGAGGCGAAUUUUGCGACUUUCUGGGGGGAAAAAAGACGCGUCCCGGUGGAAGAAGCGAGAAGACUGAGCCAACAGCAGACUGAGUGUUUUUCAGUUCUGAUUAGACUCUAGUGUUGAGAUGUCUGUCUGUCAUGAUAGCAUGUACUGAGUCAGGGCCAGUACCAGAUAAGAACAUUAAACUAUAAUCCAUAAACGUAAGGUAACAACCGAGACCUAAUGGUGCUGUGACAGCACACUGAACAGGUUAGCUUAUGAGCUAAAGUUACUUAGCACAGAUGAAAGUUAAAACAAAGAUGUUUAUCAAACUGUUAAAGCACACAAACCAUCGUCAUAUGAGAAAUCCGACGCUAUGACUCUCCACAAGUUUGUCCUUCAGGUCGUUAUCUUUGUAAUAUUUGUGUUUUUUAUCAAAAAUCACUCUGUUCUCCGACACGUAAACAAUCAGCCGGUCGGCCAUGUUGGAUAUACGAGUGAAUCUGACGUCACAACAACACGCAAUCUGAUUGGUCAGAAGUCGACACACAGUAUGAGAAACUUUAGAAAAAUCAAUUGUGAAACGAAAAAAUAAAUGCCGCAGUAUCGCAGGACGGGAAAACGUCACUGAUGUGAACGCUUGUAUUGACAGGAUACGGUUUAAAAAAAAAAUAUCUGAAAUAAUCGCACGUAAAAAGUGGUCCCGUUGUGAAAGGACCUUACCUCGAGUACCUCGAUUACUAAUAAUGAUCGAGGAAUCUUCUCUGCCUCGAGUUCUCGUUUAUCAGCUGAAAUCGUCACUGUUUUGCACGGAUUCUUUUUAAGAUGACACAAUGCGCUUGUGACCAUUGCAUUAGCCUAUAAAGAAAAACAAAUGAAUAAAAAUUGACUCGUUUUUUCGUUUUUCGUUUGCUAGAUUGAAUGAAAUAAUUGAAUGGACGGAUAAUACACGGACACGGAGAUGCUCGCACCUGGGAGUUUUUUUAUUUUUUAUUUUAUUUUAUUUUAAGUUUUUAAGGUGACAUACAUUUGCAUUUGCGCAGUACAGAUCAGGUAGGUAGCGUCUCACUGCCGUAACAUACAUCAAAAUUCCAAGAAGUGACGUACGUUUCGCACAUGGGCAGUACAAAUCAGGUUUCCAGGACGGAUCGGGCAGCGACAACAAAUUAUCCACCAAUCAGUCAGUCACGUGACCCAAACUGGCAAAACCAAAACAUACUCGUUAGCUAAAAAAAAGAGCCCUCCUGUGUCUGUGUUUGUUCUUACUUCGUGUAUCGAGGUCUUUGGUUUUUUUUUUUUCCUGGUGAAAUCUCAAAGAUGUGACUUUUGAGUGAUCUAUAAAGCGCUCCGUCUUUCUCAGCUCUCCUACAGUCCUCAUCAGACAACACUAGCUUAGAAACAGAGCCAGCUAGCAUCAGCAGGUUUUGACCUAAAAGAAAAAUAUGCAGCAAACUGAAGCAACUUCUGCUGAUCUUACUUUGGAGAAAACAGAUGAUAAAACCACAUCAUAUAGUCUUGAAAAUACGAAAGGUAGUUAUACAGUAUGUCUGGUCAAAAUUCGGCUUAUAUAAAGAGGUCAAAUCAGCUGAGCACGUAUACAUGCAUACAUAUAUGACGUGGAUGUGCCUAAUAUGCAGCUGUGUAUUAAAGCAGAGGCCUUGACAUAAAUCUGUGGUUAUUGGUGGACUCGAUGCUAUUGGCUUUGUAAUGAACAUGUCCAGUCUUUGGUAAUUUACUGCUCAGGGUUCCAGUAAACCUGGUUCCUGGUAUUUCAUGCACAGAGCAGGUUUUAUAUGUCAUGUGUGUGCAUGACAAAUACAUUUAUAAAUGCAGUCCUCCUGUAAGACUCAAUGGUUUGAUAUUUUUUCUUUGCACAUGUAGGAUGUGCAGGUGUUUGUCAGAUGAAAUGUCAAACUGUUUUAUUGUGUACAUCGCACAAUAACUCAAAUUUAACACCGGUCACUCAGAGGAGAUGAUGGCAGAUAUAUCAGUUUGUCUUUUACUGUAGUGUUACGUGCAGGAUUUUUCCAACAUGACGAGUGUUCUGUGAUCUUUGGCUCCAUACCUGCAACCCGAGCCCUGGAUCAUGUAACACAGGCAUGUAUUGAUAUUUUAGAUGAUACCUUAAAAGUGUCCUGAUGCUUUGGGUAAGAAGUAGAGCUGCUCGAUUACGGCAAAAAACCUGCAUCAGGAUUAUUUUGAUUGAUAUCGGGUUUUUGACUUAUACUCAGAUGCGACUUGUUAAGAUAUAUAAUUUCACACGUUUGUUAUUUUCACCCUGACAGAGGGUAUUCUAGGCUGGUGUACCAGUAUCUGCUACUCCUGUACCACUGAAGAUUUAAAAAUUAAUGUUAACUCAUAUCGACAACUGAGAAAGACUGAGCACAGAUGCCGCUGAAAAGAAAAUCAUAUUUUGCCGAUUUCAAGCUGCAAGUAGUGAAAUACGCAGCCGAAAACAACAAUUGAGCAGCAGAGAGAGUUUGGAGUGAGGGACCGGCAAAAAGCGGAGGUUACUCUUACUGCGAUGAAGAAAACAAAAAAAGCAAACCACGGGCUAAAAGCAAGAUGGCUAAAUUAUUAUUAUAACAGGAUGAAAUGUCUGUUCUUGGUUUUGGAUUUUGUAAAAUAAAUUUCCCCCAAAAGUGCGACCAUUUCAUGUUUUUUUUUUUUUUCAUUAUGCAUUUUUUCAGCUGGUGUGGCUUUUGGAGUAGGGCUGGGCGAUAUGGGCAAAAGUUUAUCACAAUAAAUGUUUUCAUAUCAGUUGACAUCGAUAUAUAUCACGAAUAAAAAAAAUUACUUGUUGAUUUAUAGUUUGGAAAAUAUGGUACUCGUGAUUUAAAAUCUGAAAUGUAAGCAACACAACCUGUUGCUGGAGUGAAAUAACUGAAACACAUUUAGUAUUUUUACUUCUGUUUUCAUGGUUGUGCACGCAUUUCUCGGUGUCUGUUCCGUUUUUCGUCCAUGUGCAGAAAAGAUUUUACAUCGUAAAGCUUUGGAGGCCUGCUUCUCUCUUAAGAUUUAUUGUAAAAAUGCAGCAAAACAACGUCAGAAGUUAAAUAGAUGAGCCACUUAAAAGAUCAGGAAUACGGAGCUAAUGUAAUUUUGUCCCCUUUGCAAAGUGGCAAAGUUUUAUCCUCUGCAGCCUGUUGGGUUUCUUGCAAUCACAUUAGGAACUAUCCAGGAUUUAAAAAUACCAGAAGUUGUUUUAAGGUCUCCGGUGUCGAGCUUUGGGAACACUUAGUAUCGGAAAAACAUGACCAGAAAUUCUCCAAAUACUCCACACUGCUCUGUAAUGUAAUAUAAGCUUUUACAGAGCAGCUCUUAAUCUCACUUAUAUGGAUUCAUGGUGGGGGACAGAUUCAGGGAUGUGUCGGUGCCGUCCAUCAUUUGGCUCCAGUCGCUGCCAAGAGAGAGGAGGAGGAAGAGGAGGAGGAAGAGGGUGAGCAGCAGGACAGAAUACAAGCACAUUACUGUACCUCAGAGCUUCAGCAGAAUCUGAAUAUGCCAAUCUCCAAACAAAGCUCUGGCGUUUUUGUUCUUCGCUAAAUCAGACAAUGAACUGCAGGCUUAAAAGAGGGACUCCGAGCUUUUUGUUUCCCUUUCUGAAGAGCGGAUUUUGAUUUCUGGAGAAGAAACGACGUCCUGCGAUUUCAAAGAAUAGACUCUGCGCUUGUGUGGCGAGAUAAUUAGCGAAACGUUUGCCUGUAGUGGAUCAUAGAGUGUAUAAACCAGUUGAAAAGGCAGCAGAGUGUAAUGUGAGAGCGCAGAUGGCACAGGGAGGGCGAGGUGGUAUCGAUUGUUGAUGAAAGCCUGCACCUUGUUCACUAUUUCCACCUCUGGGACCCUCCAGGACUUUCUGCUGAUGUUUCCCAUUAGCCGUUCUUGGAUUCACUGAUUAACAGAGCGCGUGUUUGGUACUAUCUGUGUCACUCCAAAGAGAAAGAGAUGGCUUUGUCCUUGGAAAUAUCCGUUAAUGUCUUUCAUGAUGGUAUCCCUUAGGGAAUCAGGCUCAGGACCCAAUUUAGACUCAAUCUAUGUUUUGAAGCGACUGUUUUAAAAUCAGGACAAGAUGAAAUAUCAGAGUUUUCCCUCUGCGUUCACGGACAUGCAUCGUUGAAGUGCUUUACCGGACUCACAACCUUACAAUCCCACCAAAUUUGGCUGUUUAAUGCUUCAAUUUUAGCACCAAACUUCACCCCUGUGUUAAAAUAAUUUACCUGUAAGAAACACUUUCUUCAUUUUUGGCUCUCUUAGCGUUACAAACGUGAAUAUUGAGAGUGUAAACACAGAUAUAAAAGUGUUUAAAGACAUGCAAAUCAAACGUGUCUUUAUUUGUGCUUUGCAUGAAUGUAGAAUGUAAACAUGCACACGAGUUGCAACAAUACUGCCGUCACUCAGAUACCUGCUCUUGAUUUCAAGGCCCUGUUGUUCCACUCGUCUGGGUUUUAGCUAAUGUUGUGGGCAUCGAACAGAUUGCACAACUAACAGGACUACAUUUUGUCUAAUUUUACCCUCAAUUUCCACCGCAUCUGGAACCGCUACGAAAAAGCCGUAUCCGCCGAUCGUAGCUGAUCGUUCUUUUUUUUCCGUACGCUGGAGCAUGCCGGAUAAAUUCAGCACAGAUCAACCUGUGCUGGAAAGGAAGUCGGGCACAGACACAAAAUAGCUGGCUUCUUUUCAAAAUAAAACCCUCCGUGUUUCAGGUGAGGAUGAACAAGUCAAAGGUUUUUAGACAGCAUUUGUCACCCCGAUGAUACCAUUAAUGAGGAGAUGCUGAUUCUAGAAGUCUAGGAGUGGAUUUCCCCCUCCGGAAGGACACAAUCUACUGCUUAUAUGGUUAUGUGGCUGUUAUCGUGCGAUUGAAUGUGAAUCCGCUGGUUCUUGUGAGUUCUCGCAAUUACCGCUGUCUGUAAUCCGCCACGAAAUAUGCCUUACCAACGGAUCUGGUAGGAAUUGGCGGAUGACGAAAAUCGCUGCCGUUCCGGAUGCGGUGAAAAUUAAGGGUUAGCGUUUCCACCUGUAGUGCCCAUUCUUCGUAGCGAUGUAAGAAUCAUGGGCAGAAGACGACGUUGGAAGUUUUCAAGUAUUGAUAACAGUUAGCACACUUACUUCCAGAUGGGUCACCAGAAUGAACUUUUCCAGAGCAGCUUUAAGACCCUGAGAAGUUGACUUUUUAUCUCAAGUACGGUCUGGUGCAGUCUGCAGAAGUCAGUACGGCUCUAAUAUUGCAGCAUAGUUUGGACAAUGAUCAUCUGAGGGUGUUGUCAAUAACCCCCGGCACUUUGACGAAGCAGUCGGUAAAAUGUUCUCCCCCUCUAAAUGGAUUAUGUCUGUACUUUACAACCUCUUACUCUGUUCUCAGAUCAGUCGUAGUCAGCACUAUGAAACCGCCGUGUGCAGCUCAGGGACACACUUAAGGUGUGGCAGUUUGCUUUGAGGAACACUUUGGCUCUUUGUGAAGCCGCUCUUUAAUAAUGGAUGUUGUGGGACUGCGGAUCCCAGGGUGAGGAGGCUGGGCCCGGGCAGGUAAAUAGGAAGAGAGCCAUUGGCUGUGGACUCGAUUCAACCCGCUGUGCCUCUCUCUGCAUUGUGUUGUGUGGGAAAACUACAGUGAAUGUGAACAAUGCUGCUGUGGUACUCUGGUGAAGUUGCAUUGUAAGUGCUCGUACUGUGCAGGUAAGCAUUUAUUGAAGCAUCUACUUAAUCAUUUAUGCACAAAAGCUCCCCCUUAUUUUACCGAACCUUACUGUGAAUAAAAAGAGGAAUAAUGGGAUUCGAUUCCUGACAUAUGAAGGCUGGAGGAGCCUCUUCCUGCAGCUGACAGAGGAGCAGACGGCCUGCUUCAUCCCUCCUCCAGUGACCGUAAAGCAAAAUGGUGACAGGCUGGAUUUUUUUAUUAGUUUUUGCAGAAGGGAGGAGGGGAGGGCAUGCAGUCAUCACCUCUGGGGAGCUGCCCAGGGUCACCUAGCCUUCGCCUCACCAGCCUCGUAUUGACUCUGAGCACACGGCGCUGUCAGGCCGAGCAUUUCACAUGAAGAUUUAUGAGUCAUGGCCCGGAAUAAAAGUAAAGCAACAGCAAAAAGCGAGCUCUCCAAAAUGAAGAAAUAAUCCUUAAAACAGGUGAAAUAUUGCUCAUAAUAAACCCUGUGAGAUAAACGUGUGUCUGGGGAGUUUAUCUCCUUGCAGAUGUUGCUAAACUGUGUUUGUUUGAGGCUCAGUCGUGCAUAAUCACGAUCGCAGCUCGAUCAGCUGUUUGCACAAGACUGGAUGAAUUUCUAACGUUUGAAACGUUGGUCUACUGACAUCACUGUCUUGCACAGUUAAAGGGAUAUUCCGGUGUAAAAUUAAUUUAGGGUCAAAUACACUGUAACACCGAGUUAGACACCCCUGUCGAGAGAUGAAUGUUGCCGACCGCUUGCUUCUCUAGUUAUACAAACUUUUGCAAUGACCGCAGAUAGCAGUACAGAGAGCCACGCGCUCAACCAAAACGCCACUCUAUAGCCACAAAUAAUGCUCUUCAUCAACAGGACAUAUAGGGUCCCAGACAUAGUACUAGACACCAAACAUCUUUUUAACUUUGACUCAUUUCUUUAGCAAAGAGACUAAACACAACUCACCUACUCUCUUCCAGCAGCCGCUUGUUUAUACAGAGACCUCAGGCGAGUCAGUCGACUGCAGCGGGGUGACGCAGCUCAAGGAAGAACAUUUUUUACUGCAGACGUGGUAGUUCUUCUGCCUUAGCGUCUCGGUCUGAUUGUAUUUCCAUGAAGAAAUGAUCAUAAAUGUUCUUCCUUGAGCUGCGUCACCCCGCUGUAGUCCGUAAUGGACUGGCCUGAAUAUCCCUUUAAGGCAGGUCUUUCCUUAUUGCAUUUAUGCAGAAUAAUGAACGACAUCUGAAAAGUUCAGCAACCUCCAGUCUUGAGAAAUUGAGCCAGUGCUCAAAAACUGCAGUUCCUCGAGUGUCCACUUGAGGCUCGCUGCAGAAGCAUCAGAAACCCCAUACACACCCACUCAAAAAAAGCCCAUCACAACAGCAAAAAUCAAACAAAUUUUGACUUUGUGGUUGAAAUGUAUUAAUGAAGUAGUUUUAUUAGAUUUAAAGUUUGUCGUCUUAAAGCACAGGGGAGGUGAAGGAUAAACUGCUGGAAAUAAUAAAAGCGGACUUUGAUGAAGCGUUUUUUGAACUCGCCAGUGUUGAUCAAACAGCGAUCUAAUUCAAAGCUGCUGCUCCACAGGCUCAGAAACAAUCAGGGCGAAGAGUAAGGCCGCGGCAGGAAAAAAGAAAUGUCUGAAAAAGCUUCAUCUUGAUCUCUUUAUUCUCAUCCAGCUGCACUCAAACAGCUUCACCUCCAUCUCCAUCUACUCAACAUUACAGGAAACAAUAAAUCUGCUCCCCUUCUGCUCCACUGCUUUGUUUACAAAAUCUACAAUACUGCACAUUAAGCUUUAAUAAAAAGCAAACAUCCCCCCAUGCAGCAAACAAAGCUCAACAAAGGAAUGGAGAGUUUUGGCUGCUCCCUCCUGUUUGGCUCCACGCCUGUGUCCACUGUUAACGAUCCAGCCUGGCCAGAGGCUGUGAUCAUUGAUUGUAGAUAAAACGCCUCUUUUGUGUUUGUUUUAUUAAACUUUUAUGGAACAUUUAGUGGCACUAAUUAGCUGAGCAGAAUUUAUGUUUCAGUGACAGAAUUACAUCCAAUAAAGACGGACGAAUCAUGAGAAAAAGGCAGAAUAAAAGUCUGAUCUUCUACCAGCGAAACAAAUUUAAUAAAAAACUGUAUCCAAAAAAGAAAGAGGGGGAUUAAACCAAAGUUUUGAUACAAGGCAAGUGCGAAAUAAUAAUAUACAAUACCAUAUAGUACAAUUCAUUAAGGGUACAUAAUACAUAAUAUGAUAAGACGUAAUGAGAAAUGAAACCAGAUACAUGAUAAAGCAUUAAGACAAUCCAAUUUAUGGCAUGAUACAAUAAAUACCUGAUACAAUAAUACACAAUCAUACAAAACGGAAGGAGAGGGUACAAAACCGGAUAUGAUGCAUGAUGAUAUAAUAUGAGAUAUAUGUGAUGAUAUAUGAGAUAUGAUAUAAUUUACCAUCAUAUAUGUGAUGUUAUGUAUGAUGUGACAUAAGAUACAAUGUGAUGUGAUAUGAGAUAUAAGACAAAGUGAGAUUUGGUACAAUAUUGUGAGAUAUGAGAUAUAUAUCAGAUAUGAUAUGAUAUGAAAUGUGACAUAUGAUAUGAUAUAUUAGAUAUAUGAUAAUGAAGUAUGAUGUCAUGUGAUAUAUGAUUUUUUAUGGGAUUUGAGAGGACAUGAGAUCUGGUAUGAUAUUGUGAGAUAUGAGUAUAUCAUCAUAUAUCAUAUAUGAUAUAAAACACGACAUAUGAUGUGAUCAUGAGAUAUAUGACAAUGCGGUAUAAUAGGAUGAGAGAUGUGAUGUGGUAUGUGAUAUGAGACGACAUGAGAUUUGGUAUGAUAGUUUGGGAUAUGAGUAUAUAUCAUCAUAUAUUAUAUACGAUAUGAAACAUGACAUAUGAUAAUGAGAUAUAUGAUAAUGAGGUAUGAUGUUUUAUAUCAUUUUAGAGCAGCUUUCUUGGUUUCAGUGUGGUUUAAGCUCUGCAGAUACAUUAUUGAGGACUCUUGUUUGCAACACAGACACUCUUGAAUAAAAAUGAAAUAGUUCAAAAGGAAAAUCAGUGAUUGGGGCCUUUCUUUCAGGUUAAAUGUUGACGUUUCUGCUUUACGUUUACAGUCUUUAGCGUUACUGGGAAAGUUCUGUUUCAAAACAACAUCAUGCAGAUCUAUGUGGUUUGGCUCUGUUUCAAGAGAGGCUGAUGCUGCAGCAGUGCUCACUGAAACCCAUGCAGAGAUGUUGUGAAAGGUGCAACCGACAUUGUCAUAAUAUCACAUAAAAAUAAAAAGUGCUGACACGGUCCUCUGCUGUAACUGUCCGCCGUUCUUCAUCUUCUUCUUCUUCUUUUAUUUGACCAUCUACAGAUUCAAACUUUGUUUCAGUGCAGCUAUUGUCUGAGGGGAUUCUGACUCUUUCAUCUCACCUUUACAGGUUCGUCGCCCAGAAUGCAAUGCGUCUGCAGAAACUCGGGGUGACGCACGUCCUGAACGUGGCGGAGGGAACCUCCUUCAUGCACGUCAACACCAGUGUGGAGUUCUACGCCGGCACGGGCAUCACGUACCACGGCAUCCAGGCCAACGACACAGAGCAGUUCAACCUCAGUGCCUUCUUUGAGGAGGGGGCUGAUUUUAUCGACAAGGCCCUAGCACACAAUAACGGCAAAGGUGAGGCGGCUUUCAGGAGUCGAUGCGAGAAUGAAAAAGUCCAACUCAAACUGAAUCAGAGUGCGAAGGAAAUCUUUUAAAGAGGAACAGCAGCAUCUCUCUCAGUCGUUUGUUUUAACCUCUUGUUGCCCGUCCGACAGAGGAUUCGAGGGUUCAGGUGUCCUGUUCUGAUUAGGGUUGCAAAAUUCUGGGAAUUUUCAAAGUUGGAAUUAACAGGAAUAAAUCUGAAAUGUACAAAAUUGAAGGUUGGCCCUCGACAGGAAACUUAAAUAUAACAGGGGAAACUAUAUUGUAGCGUAAUCUUGACUGUACCGAUGAUUUCUUGAACCCUGGAGGCCCCUUUGAGCCGAACGCACAAGACAUUUGAGCCUAUGGACUAUAUAAAGUCAACUAAGUUUUGAUAAUAUUAUGGGGUAAAUAUAUUUUAUCUUUAAUAGUGUGAAUAUUUAACUUGCAAGAAUUAAAUAAAAAUAGGUGCUAAAUUGUUUUUCAUUUCAUUGACCAUUUAAGGGCGAGGUUAUUAUGGUGGUGGUAGCUUCCUCAAAUGUGAUUCUCUGUCUUCUGACUCCUGCAAGAUGGUUUUCUGAAACCAAACAAUAAUUUAUACAUUGAUUGUCAAAUAUUUCAAAGACCAUUCCAGUUGUUUGGCCAACUAUAUUUCUGUUCAUGCCAUUGCAUUAGUGUUUUUAAAAGCUUUUAAGAUUUUAUUCUACAGAAAAAUGCCACGUUCGACAUCGCCACUUGAAGAAAUGUUUUUUAAUUGUAUUAUUUUGUGUGGAUGACAGAACAAAAAUAUUUACAUUUAUCAGGGUUUUCCCUUACAUGCAAUUGACAGUGGCGCACCACCACAGCUAAAAAAAUUAGUUUUUGUCUCACAUGGUUCUACCUCGGACUCGUAUGUACCAGCAGUGUUUCCCCUUCAUUCAUUCAGCAGCAGCACACCACUGAAUGAUUCCACUCACGCUGUGUAAGCACAACAACACACAAUGUUUGGGAACAUUCUAGGGGAAACACUGUUUAUGUUUGGAUGUGAAACAGUUUGUUUAAAUUACCGCCAAUUUCCAGUUAAUUCCCAUAAAUUCCCAUGAAAUGUUUCCAAUUUGGAAUAUUUCCGAAAUUCUCCAGCGUAACUUCCCACGAGAAGUUUCUGUAAAUUUACCGCCCCUCUGCAACCCUAGUCCUGAUUCAUUCUGUUUGCUUUAUUACUGUGGGCGUCAGAGCGCAAAAAAAGUGUCAAUCUGCGGCUAAAUCUGACACACUCCUGAGCCCUGCUCCAUAUUCCGUUAUAGGAUCAGGUCCCUGAACGCCAGCAUUGUAAAGAUAGCCCACGCAUAACACACCUGAACCAGGAUUAGACAACGAUCCAGCUCUGAAUUAUCAGACUUUCAUACUCACAGCUUAGUAUCUACUAGUCGAGGUGUGAUGUUCGACGUGUUGUGCAGCUUCACAUGUAGACUAAAGAAACAAUCAGUCCCAGAGGCCUUUGCUGUCCCCCUGCUAAAAUAAAUCUCCUCCGGCUCUCCCAAAGCUGCAGCUAAAUUCAGCUAAUUUGUCACCGCAUGUCGGGAGUGUGUUUAAUUAGUGUGCCGGACCCUGCGUUUCCUGACGUGGAUUUAUCAUCAGCGUCUGAAUUCCCCGACACUUUUGCACAGGUGCAUGAACGACAGGAGGUGUGAGCUCAGACACAGGCUGUGGAGGAGAGGAGCUGCAGAGAGAGGAGGAUAAAGGAGCGUAAAUAGCCUCUCUUCUCUGCUCGCCGCCUGCUGUAGUUUGACAUUGUGCGAUGUGAAACAUUAUCUCUGACAUUUAGUGACCUCUUGCUGCGGGCUCCGAAAAGGUCACAGGUCUGGGGUUUUAAUGAGGAGCUGCAUCGAUGCAUUGUUCCUCUGUGUCGGCUAUAAUGAAGCGUGAGGUCGCUGUAGAGCAUGUGUGAACGCUUGUGCUGCACGCUCUUAUCCGGAUAUUACAACGAGAGACGAGCAGCAAAAUGAACAACCAAUUAAUAUUAACAACGGAUCAAUGACUGUGUGUGUUUGUGUGCGCAGCUCCAAGAGCCGCUUUAAAUCUUGAGUUAAAGGUGGUGUAGUCAGGAUCUGAGGAGGUGCUAGUUUUUGGGAGAAUUCUUGAUUGUAAAUUCUACCCCUCCGUCUCUGCUCCAUCAAGCCCCGCCCACAAACAGACGCUCCUGCUCGCUCGUAUCGUUCCAAUUAAAUUCAGAUAUAAUUCAGAUAAAUACUUCAGAUCAUUACAAAUGGGGCCCAGUCAAGGUGAAAGUCAAAAGCAUUGGUGCUACUGUAGAUGCCAACAGACUACCAGCAAACACAAUGUUUGCAGGACUUCUACAACUAGGAUAAAGUGACAUAGUCCAGGACCCGAGGGAGGACAGUUUAGCGAUGGCACUACAACACGCUACAGCAGGUCCGUUUGACAAGAAACACUUCUGUUACAGACACUUGUCUUACUUUGUUAAAGCGGUUUACCUGUCCAGCAGAAAGGUUACAGGGUCACCAAGAUCCCCAAGCGUCCCCCAUCGUUUAUGUUGACCCGGCUUUUUAGCUCUUGUCCGGUCUACCUCCGUUUUAAGCGCCCGGUAUUCCUCCAGAGUCUCCGGUAUUUACUUUGUUUUCUUGCUUGUGUCGGCAGUCAUGGCCAAAGGAGGAUUCAGACAAUUUUCCGAACUUUCUGGUUGGUUUCUACUGUCCGAUAUUGUAGCACGCUAACUUUGUUUGGGCUCCUGAACGACACGGGGGAGCAGCGUCUGCCUCACAACCAAUCAGGACUUAUCCAGGAUUUCCACCACAUCUGGAACAGCGGCGAUUUUUGCCUUCCGCCAGUUCCUACUGGAUCCGUUUGUGAGGCGAAUUUUGUGGCGGAUUACUGACAGCAGGAAUCGCAAGAACUCACAAGAACCCACGGAUUCACGUGCAAUCACGCGAUAACGAGUUGUCUCUGUAAAGACAGACACAUAGACAUAUAAGCAGUAGAUUGUGUCCUUCCAGAGGACGAAAUCUACUUCUAGACUUCUAGAAUCAGCAUCUCCUCAUCCAUGGUGUCAUCGGGGUGAAAUGACGUCUAAAAACCUUUCACUUGUUCGUCUCCGUCCGUUUGCAUGAUGUGAAAUCCGAUCCUCAUGUUUUAUUUUGAAAGGAAGCCGGAUGUUUUAUUUUGUGUCUGUGCCCCACUUCCUUUCCAGCACGGGUUAAUCUGUGCUGAAUUUAUCCGACAUGUUCCAGCGUCCGGGAAAAAUAGAACUCUUGUGAUCAGCUGAGGAGUCCGACGAUCCGCAGAGGAACAGAAAGAAGUCGGUGGAAAUUGACACGUUAACUUGAAUGGUUACGAUCAGCUACGAUCGGUGGAUACGGCUUUUUCGUAACUAGGCUGCAAAGUCGAGCUCUGUCUAUUUUAAUCGGUAAAUGUGACGGUUAGUUUCUGUUUUCUGAGCUCAGAAUAAGGAGAGAUGGUCCUAACAGUGAGUGAGUAAUGGAGUGAGAAACGGAGUGAAGUCGUGAGCCAGAAAUCUACGUGUCCAACAAGAGGAAACAGUAGAAUCAACAUUGAUCUGUGGCAGGCAGGCUGAUUAGCUAUCGGAGAGGUCAGUUUAUUGGCAGCAGACUGUCCUGGAUGGAGUACAGAGAGGGGGGGAGGAGAAGGAGACUACAACAGAGGAGAGGAGGGGAGAGUUGUAGGGAUAACACCAGCAGAGGGACACAGGGAGGUGUUGGGUUUCAAACAAACUGCAGAAUCUGCAGAUCUGACCUGAGCUGGCACAUCAGCUGUUCUGUGAACGCUGCCAAGUUAGAUCCCUCCUGAGGUCCGGCCCGUCAGUGAUGAAAGCGUGAGGCAGAUAGAGACACACCUUAGAGGGCGAACAAGCAAGUAACAAGUUAUCAACCGCAAAGAUGCACACACACAUGGAGGUGGAUGUAUGUUCCCUGUAGGACGUGCCCGCGGUGAAGAUGACUGACUUUGCCGAGUCUGCAGCAGAGGUCGGGUCUUAUAUUUGCAUCUCCUGGCACAAAAGACGCUCUGCUAAGCAAGUUUGUUCAGAGCAUAUGUUCCUAAAACUGUAACUGUUUUUUUAAAUUCACUGUCCUUAUAGUUUUUGUCUCGGCUCUGAGUCAGGACUCUCAUAUUCAAAAAUGAUUCAGUCACAGUUCAAUCGAGAAAGUAAGGGGAGCAUUUGCAAUAAACGCUCAAAAUCCAAAUCUACAGCCAUGACGUUUAAGUAGAGCCGGGCGACAUGGGAAAAAGUUUAUGAUAUUAAAAAUGAAAUUAACAGUGUUUAUUGGUCGCAAUAACCUGCUGUAUCUGUGAGGUCUUUGUGUCUCUUUGACGUUUUGUCGUAAGGCAUUUCUCUAGAGAAAGCGAAUUGAAUGGUCGUCUGUUUCGGCUGCACAGGCGCCAUGUUCUCCUUGUAACCUUUUGCGUUGUGCGCGCUCUGCGGCGUGGCGCUGCUUCAGGUGGUGAAAAAGAUUUGAGGUAUUCCCCGACUUUGUGAGAACAUGUCCUCGACAUAAUUUACAGUCCACAUUACUCUGCUUCAUGUCCGACCUCAAAAAAAACAAAAUACCUCCACACCACCGACGUUUUCCUAACGCCAGUGUUGUCGUUGACAUUGAUGUGGUCAUCUGUUGAGCCUUUAUGGUCAUUUCUGUCGAGGGUAGCACUCAUUUUCUUUGUUUCUCACCAACAGUGCUGUCGGCUUCACCUGUUAAAGUGCUAUGGUUGGGUGGAGCUGCUGUCUGCUAUGACGCAGAUGUUUGAUACGUGGUUCUAAUUCAGCACAUGAUUGGUUCAACGAGAAGCGGACCUGGAGCAACUCCCCUUUUCAUUGGCUAUUCGUAUAGUCGACCAAAUAUGGCAGAAUGUCGACUAUUGAAAAGUAUAUUGACCGUGUUUCAUAUCGAUAUCGAGGGAAAUAAAUGUUUUAUGUAUAUCGUUAUCGUUUUAUCGCCCAGACCUACAUUUAAGCGAAUGUUUGUAAUCCAAAGAAGUUUAUAGUGUCAUCAGAAGAUUCAGAGAAUCUGUAGAAAUCUGCAAAAAAAGACAAGUCCAAAAACUGGUCCUGGAUGACUGUGAUCUGAAAACAGGCAUGACUCUGUGGUGGAAAUCGCUGCAUGAGCUCAGAAACACUCGCUAUGAACUUUGACACUCGAUCCUCAGACGCAGGUUCAAACUGCAACCAUGCAAAGAGAAAAACGUGAUGUAGUGAUGCCAGGAGGUCUCCGGACCCAAGCCAAAUCCCAGAGUGGAAAACCUUUAGUCUGACGGAGAAAUUUAACCGUCUUUUCAGAAAUCUGAACGCCAAGAUAGACGCCAGUUCAGAGUCAGAAUCCCUGAUGGUAUAGAGACUCUUACAGCACUCGUCUUAUUUCACCUUUUUUUUCUGAUCUGCUUGAAUCCUCCAGGAAAGGUUUACGUCCACUGCAGAGAAGGCUACAGCCGCUCACCCACGAUGGUCAUCGCUUACCUCAUGCUGCGCCAUAAAAUGGACGCCCGGCUGGCCGUGGCCACCGUGAGGCACAAGAGAGAAAUCGGCCCCAACGACGGCUUCCUUCGCCAACUGUGCCAACUGAACGAGAAGCUGGCCAAGGAGGGCAAGCUGAACGGGGAGGUGGGCAAACUAAAGACCAAAUGAAAGCAGGACGAGACCUCCUGCCCUCCUGGUCUCCUCCCAUCAUGCCUUUCACAGGUUUUUAGCUGCUCUCAGAGUCUGACCCCGCCCUGACCAAACCAGCACCCAUCUGACAAACAGGGGUACUCUGAGACACGAACAUACAUGCAUUUAACCGUGUAGAUAACUCUCCUCAUGCACACACUCGGUCUCACUCACACUGGGUUUCUUUCUCUGGUUCACGUCUGUCACUGCUGCUCGAUCGGGAGGUUUCUGACAGUAAGAGAGCGUUAUCGCAAACUUUGACCAAACACACUCUUAAGUUCCUUUUUCCAACUCCACACCUCACAGGUUUGUGUGCUAAAGUCUCACUGCUAGUACCCGAAAGCUCCGAAUCGUUACCACGUUGGAGCUGAGAUACUGAAAGCAUUCCUUCGAUUCCCACGAGAUGAAAAAGUAAAAAGUUUGCCCUAAUUUUUUAAGAUUAUAGCACAAUCAUUCCAUAGUUUUCCACUGCCGGGAAUGUCGCCGAUGUCUCCGCCAGCAGGAGAAAUUCCAAACGAACUCUUAAGAUCGUAAAAGUCACGCGUCACACAGAGGAAGUAAGUCAGUUAUGUUACAAAAGAAAGAGAAAUGUGAACAGAUGGAUCCCAAACAUUCCAUGAAAACAGAAAAAGCCCCGCCGAGUUUCGUUCGCCCAGCUCAGUCCUUCAAUCCCUCUCCUCGUCUACCUUUACGGGCAGAUAGUUGAUGCACAAAGGCGAAUUUUUCUCACUUUAAUGCAAACUGUAGCCCAAUGUAGCAUUUCAGCCGGCAUCCUUGACUCUCAGGCCUGAAGUUUGACGUUGGUCUAACUUUUGAAACAGAGCCGCCUCUUAAUUAUUGAAGACUGGACGUUAUUCUUAUUAAAGUCAUGGUUGAUGAUCUGAGAAGCAGCUGAAACAAACUGAGCCACUGAGGCAGAUUUGAAAGUGUCCCUUUCCCCACGCCACAAACCUCUCCCCUCUGUGCUCCCCGAUAACUCCUCCCCCGAACCUGUUUCUCCCUCCCCCACGACACACCCCCUCUGGCAGAGCAAGAAGCCGGUCGACAGAAGAUUCUACGCUAGCUUCAAAUAGGAUUCGCCAUGUCGGAUUUUUAGUGACUAGCAGCAGUAAACGCCAUCUCUGCUAGCGAACGCCUGGACAGCUACCGUGUUGACAUCGCAGAGACUAAUCAGAGUUAUUUAUGUAACAUGAGCCACGAUAAAAGGCGAUAAAAAUUACCUGUUCAACAAAAACUCUGCUGCCUCGGCGUCUGUUUUCAGGACCAAAUCCCUGAGGAGCUUUCUCGCUUCGUCACAUUUCCUCUUCGACUCCGCCCUUUCCUCUGUCGGUUUCUGCUUGCGUUUUCUUCCCACUUUUGGCGGUGGGGCGAGCAGAAGUGUUUUUUUUUUUUUUUGCGUCCUUCUCCAUCACAGCUCCUGUAGCUAAGCUGCUACGCUACUUUUAGCCACUCAGAGCUCCGAGGAGGGCCGGGAGAGUGGGAGGGGACGAGUCGGAACUACUGGAGAGGGGUGUGUCAAAUACAGCGAGAUGAUUGGAUGGAGAGGCGGAGCAGGAGAUUGACCAAUAGGAGCUGUCUGGGACGGAUGGCUCCCAUUGGUCGAUGUUUUUGCAGCCCUGCACCUGUAAGGGUGAACGGAUUUUUUCCAUUCUAUUUUCUCUUCACUUUGUGGAGAUCGCACUAUAGGACCAUGAUCGCCAUAGAAACGAGGUUCAUAAUAAUUACCGAUCUCUCCGAUCGUCAACCAUGACUUUAAGUCCACAUGACUAGACUUCUAGAGUUGGGGGAUGUGAAACGCAGCGUAGACGUCCCUAUGAGCUGUCUACUUAUGCUACACGUCUUUAUUGAAGGUUAACGUCAACAUUUAUCGUCAUUUUGUUUAAUAGUAUGAACACAAACCAAAGUCACUCAGAUCCUAAACGUUACAAACAGUAACCAGGUCAGACGAGUUCAUCUUAACGCUCCUAGUCCGGCCUGAUUUUGCUCUCUCUUUUGCUGUUGAAUGCUCCUCUCCCCCAGACUUAGACUGGACUCCCCCGACAGUUUCUGCAUUCGUUUGUAAAAUCUUAAACCAGCUGUUAAACUAAAGGCCUUUCUAACCCUGAUUGUCAAGGAUGUCGCCCGCCCUCCACAGAGAAAGUUCCAGUCAUCCCACUCCAGAGUCGCCCACUGCCAGCUUCCUGACACAGCCGCCGGGCCGGUAUCCAGUUUCCACUGUUUCAUCAACAGUCUGUCAGAGGUCCAUACACAACAUGUCAACAUGUCUCACUCCUGAGUGUGUGUGUCAUACAGGAAUGUAUAACUCCACGCACACACGGGGUCGAAUCACAAAGCCUUUAUUUUCCAGUAUUAAAGCAUUGCAAUAUAUGUCAAUACCCCAUUAUCAGAUAUAUAGAAUGUAAUCACAGCUAAAUAUGAAUAUCCAGGCCGUAGGUGUCACAUAUACAGGUAGGCUACAAUACAUUUUAUAUACACUAUUUAUUACUGGGCAUAACACUGUACACUAGGUUGUCCCACCUCAUUAAAGGCACUAUUUAUUCCUCCUUUGAUAUAUCUGUAUACAUAUGACUAUAUACAUGUAUACUGUAUAUACAUAUUUAAGUGUUGACAUAUAUGAAUGUACGAGCAAUGUGUAUAACGUGUAGGUAUCGUAAGUGAGUCUUAAUAUAUCAUGUUAUAUUUGUGUAUGAGCUCCUCCAUACUUUGUUUUCAGUUAUCACAUGUACAUUAAUAUGUCAAUAUAAUGUACAUGAGACACAAAGAAUUGUGUGUAAUUGUGAUGUUUCUGAUCACAAUUGUGGAAAAGUUGCUUAUGCUAGCCGGGUUGUUUUACGCCGAGGCCCGGUCCCCGGUGUUUGUUAGUGUUUCUGCGGUUUUGUAGUGAUUUUAUUUGUUCAUAAUAUACAGUAAGAUGCAGGUGGCAGCAUAAGAUGGUUAUUGUUUAUCCUGCGGACAUUUCAUCGUUCUCAUCCCAUCAGACGUUGACUCUUUCUUUCCACACAGGAGAUUAAGUCAAGAUGAAUAUGUUUAUUUCUUUGAAUUAAUCGACACUCGGGUGACACUUUUCAUUUCAAUGCACGGUUUUUACCAGCAGCCGGAAUCACGUAGACCUCAAACUGACGUCUCGAUAAGGGCUGAUUUCACGAUACUUGUUAUGGUCAAUCCAGAUCUGGUUUGAGCCAAUGACAUUACUUGCCUUUCUAAAGCCGUGCAAAACAACGAUGUGACGCAUCAGUACAAACAACCAAGAGGCUAAUCAUGGCGGACAGGGGAUGGGAGCGGUCCAAGACACUUACAUUAUCGGCCUCAAAUGGGGACAGUACUUGCUGUAAAAUCUACUCAGUCCGUGAGGCCAAAUCUGCGACUUUUUGUACCACCAGAGUAUUUUCACAGACUGUCCAGAUCCGAUCUCUUAAAAACAACUUCAUUUUAGUGGCGUAGAAAACUGAGAGAUCAGAAACCAGGUUUCCCUGUAACUUGUAAGACAAAACGCAGAGAAUCCAAAGGAAUCGAUAAAGAGUAAGAUCGAUAUUCAACCCAAUUACUUAUUUAUUUCAUUUCCCGCACAAGCAGUAGAAAAACUGACUGUGAGAUUAGGACUACAGACGGAAAAUGAAUGGCGUGCAAAAUCUGCUGCAAUUAUCUCGUCAGUUUUCUCUAAAUGAUUGACGUCUUUGCACACAGUCUCUCUUUGAUAACCGAAAAAGAAUAAAACAAACAAAAACGCUGAGAACUAUGAUUUUUGUUCAGUCGCACGAUAACAAGUUGUCUUUAGCCACAGAGGCUAACCAUACAAGCAGUAGAUUGUGUCCUUCAAGAGGAGGAAAUCUACUUCUAGACUUCUAGAAUCAGCGUCUCCUCAUCCAUGGUGCCGUUAGGAUGAAAUGACAACUUUUCACUUGUUCGUCUCCGCCCGUUUGCAUGGUGUGAAAUACGAUCCUCCUGAAACACGGAGUGUUUUAUUUUGAAAAGAAGCCGGAUGUUUUAUUUUAUGUCUCUGUCCGACUUCCUUUCCAGCACGGGUUAAUCUGUGCUGAAUUUAUCCGCCAUGCUCCGGCGUCCAGAAAAAAUAGAACUCUUGCAAUCAGCUGAGGAGUCCGGCGAUCUGCAGCGGAACGGAAAGAAGUCGGUGGAAAUUGACACGUUAACUUGAAUGGUUACGAUCGGCGGAUACGACCUUUUUGUAGCCGUUCUUGGUGUGGUGGAAACUGGGGGUAAACAAUCGCUGGGGUAGAGGACCACCAUUGGACCAAACCAAAGCCUUGAGUCUGCUCCAUGAUUCUUGUGGUGUAAGGUAAGAUAUAUAAGGUAACAUAUCAACAGCUGGGGUUAGGGUUCGGUCACUAAUCGGCCAGUCUCCAGAGGUAACGUUUCAAACAUGCAUUGAAAUGUCAAGUGUUGCUGCAGCUUCUGGCCGGCAUUAAGAGCAGGAGGAUCAGUUAUUAUCAGAGGGAGGUAGAAACUGAGGUGAAAUCUCUUAAACCUCACUGAGUCUCUCAACGGGGACUUCACAAGCUUUCUCUGAUUCCAACUUCACACACAGGCUGUUCCCAUCCACUCCCAAACCCGUCAUCCGGUCAUCUCACAAACCCUUGAGAAUGUUUCAGAUCCGCUGAAGAAAACGCUUGAUUUUACUCGUCCUGAAAGCACGGCCGCCUGUUUGAGCGCUGUCUUUCAAGGUAAAACAAGUGCAUGGAAACAUUUUCAAGCAGUUUUUUCCCGCCACAUCAGCAUGAACCCCAAACCACACAACGUUAAAGAGUUCUCCUUUAAACACAGGCAGAGAGAACCUCUCACCUCUGUACCCAAACACAGACUCGAAACUCCCAAAAUAAUCUGUGACAAGUGGCCUACUGUACCUUUAAGAAAAGCCUUUAAUACAUGUGUAUGAUUGGCUUUUUGUCUUUUUUAAUGGAAUGGGGUUUUACUCAUAAACUGCUCUACAAUACUGCCCUCCUUCUGAGUACUCAACAAUCAACCAUGAACUCUAACCUGGUCAGUUUAACUUUGAAUUUGGAUUUGUUAAAGUACAAAGAUUCUUCAAUCGGUCCAGGAUGAGGGUAUGUACUUAAAGCAUCGACUGCCUACACCAAACUGCUCAUUUAUUCGGUUUAGUCGGUCCUGGCUGCAGAGAGAAGGUCUGAUAAUCACUCGGUGGUUGCCCCGCUAGCCAUGGUAGAAGUUUUCUGUCUCGUUUUGUAGCAGCUUUUUACAAAAGACUCAUGCAAAGAUGCACCGGAGUAGACCUGGUAAUGAAGCUUCUAUGAUGGCUACAGCCGGCUCCUCACUCUUAUGCAUUGACUUACAGAUAAACACUGCCACCUGCUGUCCAACUAAUCCAGUUUUUUUUUUCAGCUGAUUGUUUCGUUACCAUGAGAAAAGUUAAAAUCCAGACAAGUUUUCAGCGAUUUUGUUACUCCUUUUUGUGUGAAUUAUUAUAAAACCCUGAAUUAUCUCGUCUAAUCUGUUUAAAACAUUUUUUAUUUACAAGGUACCAGCAUCAUUUUGUGGGUUUUACUCCAGGUACAGUACAAUGUAUAAUCCAGAAUGUCAUUAAUGUAUAACGUUAUAUAUUCUGAGUAUGUAACACGCACUAAAGCGAUUCUGAAUUGCUGCAUUUUACCAAAAUAACUGGAAAAGUUCAGUACGGCGAGGAAACUGGGAGAGUUCUGACUGAAAAUGAAACAUGGAGUCGGAUUUCUUUCAAGUUUGACUUUAAUUUACAGAGUCCAGAUUUUUUUAACACAGAGUUUGUGCACAGGAUACGCAAGAUAACAACUAAAAACAUACUGCGAAUGAAAUCUUGUGUGCACAGUAUCAUUGGCAAGAUAAUAUCUUGUGUCCUCUGUGCACAAGACGGUCAACUCGUGAUGAAGUUUAUUAUAAUGAGAGAAGACACCAAGAUAUACGUUAUCUUGUUUGACUGGAGGACCCAACUUGAUCUCGCAAGAUAACUUGUGCCUUCAGGAUCACUUUUUCCAUCAAGAUAAAUUUAUGUCAAUAGAUUUGGAGUCCCUGAAGUCCAAUAAGGGGGCUAAUUUUAUUUAUUAUGUGCACAAGAUUGUAUCUUGUGUGCACAUCAUACUUAUCAUGUGGAAGCAAGAUAAUUAUGCAAUGCGCAAAAUAUGAUAUUCAAACUGGAUUGUGUAUUAUCUUGUCUCAAAGGAACAAGUUACUAUCCUGUGGGCUCAAGAUAACCAUCUUGUUUUCUUGUGAGAGCUCCAUAGAGGUUUUCUUAUGAGACUGUAACUUGUUCCAACAAGAUAACUGUACUGUUAGUUGAAUUAUUAAUGAAGAUUAUGUGUGCACUCAAGAUCAUUUCUUGUGCACACAGAUAGUCAACUUGAUCUCACAAGAUAACUUGUUCCAUCAAGAUAGAUAUCUUUUAAUAAAUUUAGAGUCUCUGAAAUCCCAAAAGGUGAUUUAACGUGGGCACAAGAUUGGAUCUUGUUCACACAAGAAAAAUACUCGUGUGCUAAUUUUCCCACAUUAUCUUGUGGGAGCAAAGUAAUUAUCUUGUACACGAAACAUAAUUGGCUGAAAGGAUCAGUUUAUUAUCUUUUGGUACAAGAUACUUAUUUGCAGGCACAAUGUUGUGCACAAGAUCAAAUCUUGUGGGAGCAAGAUUUUUAAUAUUUGAUGCACAAGAUUUGAUCUUGUACUCAAAAGACAUUUUUCAGGGCAGAAAGUAAAUAUCUUGCUGGCACAUAAAAUGGAAUUUGCGCACACAAGAUAACCACCUGUUUCAAGAUUAUAACUUAUUCCCACAAGAUACUUGUUUUGUUAUUGAUAAGGAUAUUGUGCGCACAAGAUAACAUGUACACAAAAUGUCUGUGGCAAGAUUACAUUUUACCAUUUUUGUUCCGGAAAUCUCACAGCCAGAACACUUUAUUAUCUUGCGCAUUAAAGAAAUACCUGUUGCUCACAAGUUAGCAUCUUGUCGGCACAAGGUGUUAUCUUGUAUGCACAACAGUACCGUCUUGGACUAUCAAGUUAUGAUCAUGCUGGCACAAGAUUACGAUCUUCUUGUCCUGUGAGAGCAUCCUAGAGUUUUCUCUCACAAGAUAAUAUUAUGCCUACAAGAUUAUAUUUUGUGUGCACAAGAUUAUAUACUUGAUCUUACAAGAGAACUUAUUUCCAACAAGGUAAAUAUAUUUUAAAUUUAUGAAGUCCCAAAAAGAGAAUCUCAUAUUAUUUAUGUGCGGAUGAGAUAAUAUCUUGUACACGGGAGAAGAAAUCUUGCGUGCAUGUGUUCAUAUCUUGUUCGCACAUGAUAAGAAGCAUUUUUGGACUCCAUAAUAACAGAAUUUGCUCUGAUAAACCGACGUUAUUUUGCAGUAUUUGGAUAUUUUUGCACAGUAGAGAGCACUCUUAAAGUGUUCUCAGUUCCUCUCCCUCUUAAGAACCAUCGACCUGAUCCAGUCUGUCAUCACCUGUGUUGUUUCUGAUGAGUCACUCUUAGACUAGACAGUAAUUGCGAGUCAUUUUUGGACCUUUUUGAAUCACUUAUAGACCGUCUGUGUUGUUUUAAUCCAGGAGGGAAACUUUGAUCUGACUCGUGUAUAAAUUUUCAGUCUCACAUGCUGCGUUUAAACCUCCUGUGCUGAAAUAAGCAAAAACCUGAGAUGUUUAAAUCCUCCAUGGCUGACAGCUGAAGUCUCGCAGCAUGGACGUUCAUCUGGUUUAAAUAAUCUGACUUGUCUGUGAUGUAGAAAACCUGAUCCUCCUAAUCCUCUGGAGAGAGUUCAGAAAAACUCCAAAUUACUCACGAAUACUGUCUGGUCCAGGUACGGUGUCAUCCUGUUUUUCUUGAUGAAACGGCUUCAAGUUUUAGCACAAGUGGGCCCACUGCCUGACUCCUCCAGGGAUCCAUCCCUCGGUCGACGUCUUAUCUCGCCACCUACGUUCAUUUCUGCACCCGCACGGAUGUCGCAGAGGACAGCGUUGUGAUGUUUGAUCGGUUGUUUCUGGGUUCUUCUGUUUUUAUUUCCACCACCGCAGCAGCCGGCAUCUCUACAAACACAUCCCAACAGUACGGACACAGCACCCCACCCAAAGCCUUACAGUAAAGAUCGAUCCUUCGAUUGUUUUUCAGUUCGUGUAUCUCACUUCACGCAGCAGGAAGGGACGGCUCCCUUACAGAUCGAGACAUUGUUGAAGUGCACUUGAUUUUAAAUUGCAAUGUUAUUUUUCUUACCUUGGAGAAGUCCCGUCUUUCUUAUGUUUGAGAAAUAAAUGGCUGAGGUAUUAACAUCCGACCA